AUGGUAUCUUUGGUUUUGAUUUUUGGCCAACACUCUUUUAUUGGACAGGCGCGUGCAGUAUCUACUGAUGGAUUGAGGCCAAGCUUCUUCACAAUUAAUGCAGUUGUAUAUGUAGUUCAGAUUUGUCUUUGGUUGGUUUUGUGGUGGAAGCCUGUUCGAGUUAUGAUCAUCCUCUCUAAGAUGUUCUUUGCUGGUGUUUCAUUGUUCGCUGCCCUUGGAUUUUUACUUUAUGGUGGAAGGCUUUUCCUAAUGUUGCAAAGGUUUCCAGUAGAAUCUAAAGGGCGCAGCAAAAAGCUGCAAGAGGUUGGUUACGUGACAACCAUCUGUUUCACGUGUUUCCUCAUCAGAUGUAUCAUGAUGUGCUUUGCUGCUUUCGAUGAGGGGGCAAACCUUGAUGUGUUAGAACAUCCCAUCCUCAACUUCAUAUAUUACCUGUUGGUGGAGAUAUUACCGUCUUCUCUGGUCCUCUUCAUCUUGAGAAAGCUACCACCAAAACGAGGCAUUACACAAUACAGUCAGAUUCGCUGAAAAUGUAAAGACAGGACAACUAAAUGAUCAGAUGAAGAGAAGACCGUGUUUGUUUUAUGCUUUUCUGUAAUCAAUAGAGAGAAAAGCAUUAGAUACGGAAUGAAAUAGAUGUAAUGCUGAUUAAGUCGUUUGGUUGAUGAUGGGAAUGAAUUCGCUUAAAUUUUUGAAAACUGGGUUUUGUUCCCUUUAUAAGGUCAUGCUGUAAAAAAAUGUUACUGGAAAAAAAAAUACAUGGGAGGAUUGUGCAGA